UUAAAAUGUCUGAAAAACUCUGUAUUGUUUGUGGAUUUAGUAAUUAUGAAGUGGAGAAAAUGCACAAGUUUCCAACAAAUGAACAAAAAUCGAAGAUAUGGCAAGAAUCGAUGGGUAUGGUAUAUGUACCUGGCAUAUCACUUCGUAAUUAUAAUAUUUGCAGCAGACAUUUUUCUGAAGAAUGUUACAGGAGUCUUUUAACUAGGAAGUUGCUUCCUAAUGCUAUUCCCACAUUAUUUCCAUGCACGGUACAAACCCAAGAAGCAAUCAUGCAGGUAUCUGAUAUGGAAGAACUUUCAGGAAGUACUAAUAUAGGUGAAUUAGUAACUGAAGACCCUAUUCCAAGUUGUUCUGGCCUGCAAGAGAGAACAACUACACCUGUUAGCCAUCGCCAAUUCCGAGGCAUUGAAGAUGUGUCAUAUAGCACUACAACUCCGAAGAAGCAGCGUUUAAUCCGCAUGGUGAAAAAUAAAGAAGCACACAUAAGAAAAUUAAAAAGAAUCUGUAAGCUGAAGGCAAACAAUAUAAAAUCAUUAACAAAUCUUGAAGAGAGUCCAGUAGUAAAAAAUUUAUUCAAAGGUAUGUCGAGUACAACAGCAGAUUUCCUUAUUUCUCAGCUGCGUUGUGCUCGAAGAGCACCACAUGAAGAAUUGUGGCUCUUCCAUCAAAAAAUACACUUUUAA